AAUUAAAGUGACAUUAUGCCCAUUCAAGGGUGUGAACAGAACAGUGUGAGUUUCAUCACUGGGGGAGCAUCAGGGCUCGGGAAGGCAGCUGCGCGGAGAUUCGUUGAGCAAGGUGGUAAAGUUGUCAUAUGUGACCUCCCUAAAUCAGAUGGAAGUCAAGUUGCUAGUGAGCUUGGAGAUAACUGUAUGUUUGUUCCUACAGACGUGACCAAUGAGGCUGAAGUUAGUGAAGCUCUUGAGAAGACGAAGAAUAAAUUUGGUAACUUGGAUAAUGUAGUGAACUGUGCAGGUAUUGGUAUUGCCAUGAGGACGUACAACUUCGGCAAAAAUAUACCUCAUGACCUUCAACAGUUCAAUAGAACUUUAUUAACAAAUGUUUCUGGGACCUUCAAUGUUAUACGUCUAGCAGCACCAUUACUUAAUGAAAAUGCAGGCAAUGAAGAUGAACAGCGUGGCGUCAUUAUAAACACAUCAAGUAUUGCAGCAUUUGAUGGACAAGUUGGUCAGGUAGCAUAUUGAUGUUUAAUGUAAAUU